UUCGAUGUCAACCUCUGUAACAGCAGCCAGUGGUACAGAGGAGCCGUCCACACCCACAACCUGUGUGCUGGCUACCCGCAGGGCGGCAUUGACACCUGCCAGGGUGACAGCGGUGGUCCUCUCGUCUGCAAAGAUAAAAAUGCUGACUACUUCUGGCUUGUUGGAGUGACCAGCUGGGGGAAAGGCUGUGCGAGAGCAAAACGGCCUGGAAUCUACACCUCCACUCAGCACUUCUACGACUGGAUCCUGACACAGAUGGGAUUUCGCUCAGCACCAAGGGCUUCUCCAACAUCAGGGGCAUGGAGUCAUUUUCUCACUGCCUCAACCCCUUAUCAGAGGCCAACACCAACACAAUCGGGCAAGUUUAGCUCCUGCCCCUUUCCCCUUGGGAAGCUGGUGGAAUUCUUUUCUCGGGCGCAGGAGCUCCUGCUGUUCCUAAAGGAAAAAAAGGCUUGAGCAACAGGAUGAAGAGGAUCCAGUGCAGGCUUGCAGCGUACCACGACCAUUUCUUUCUGGGGCACUGCCUGCUGAGCCAAAGGCAGCCUCAGUGUCAAAGGCCUGCUCCGUCCUGCCCACGCUCCUCCGAGCACACACCAGUGCUGAAGUUGACACAGUUCUUGAAAUAAACUCACCAGUUUUCACAGCUAA